CUUCCGGAUGUGGGCGGAGACUGGAUGUUUUUGCGCCAAAAUAGAAAUUAAGGAAGAAAAGCAAUAGAUGAAUUUGCGAUUAGAAUUAAGAUUGCUGAUGUGUUAGAAUGCUGAGAUGAGCGCUCAGCACAGAGGGAAAGGCCCAGGGCCAAGAGGAAGAGGUUUCCAGCAGUGGAGAGGAAGAGGAAGAUGGCAGGGGAAAGGAAAAGUGCAAGGACAGAGAGAAGACUGGAAAAGCACAGCUGGGAAGCCGGGAUCGGCUCCAUCCCAGCUCAUUCAGGCAAAACCGAACCCAAAUAGUCCUUAUAGGGGAUGGAAGCUUUAUUUCUCAGAAGCAUAUGACGACAACUCCCCUUUCGUUCAGAAGAUUAGAGCGUUUGAAAAGUUUUUCACGUCGCGCAUAAACCUUUAUGAUAAGGAUGAAAUAGAAAGUAAAGGAAGCAUUCUUGUGGAUUAUAAAGAGCUGAUUAGCGCAGAAGAAGUAGUUGAGUCAGUACCUGAUAUUUCUACUGAAUUGAGGGAUAUACCGCAGAAGAUACUGGACUGCAUGGGCUUGGCAAUUCAUCAGGUGCUAAGCAAAGAUCUUGAGAAACAUGCCGCAGAACUGCAGGCCCAGGAAGGACUGUCCACUGAUGAAGAACCCAUAAUCAGUGUUCCAUGUAUCCAUGCAAGAGUCUAUAACUAUGAGCCGCUUACUCAGCUAAAAAAUAUUCGAGCCAAUUGCUACGGGAAAUACCUUGCAGUACGUGGCACUGUCGUGCGGGUCAGUAACAUCAAGCCUUUCUGCACCAAGAUGGCAUUUAUGUGCAGCGCCUGUGGAAAUGUCCAGAGUGUACCUCUUCCUGAUGGAAAAUAUACACCCCCUACAAAGUGUCCUUUGCCUGAAUGCCACGGACGAUCGUUCACUCCAGAAAGAAGUUCUCCUUAUACCAUUACUGUGGACUGGCAGUCUAUUAAGAUUCAGGAGCUCAUGUCAGAUGAUCACCGAGAAGCCGGUAGAAUUCCUCGCACCAUAGAAUGUGAGCUGAUGCAGGAUCUUGCAGACAGCUGCGUCCCAGGAGAUGUGAUUACUGUCACAGGAAUUGUCAAAGUCUCCAACAGUGAGGAAGGGACAUCUAAAAACAAAACUGAUAAAUGUGUCUUCAUGUUAUACAUCGAGGCAAACUCCAUCAGCAAUAAUAAAGGACAGAAAGUCAAGGAUUGUGAACUUGGACUACACCAUCGGCCAUGCAUGGAGUUCUCGCUUAGAGAUCUUUAUGCUGUUCAGGAGAUCCAGGCAGAAGAGCGUCUGCUCAAACUCGUCGUCAACUCCCUUUGUCCCACUAUCUAUGGUCACGAGAUAGUGAAAGCUGGUUUAGUGCUGGCAUUGUUUGGAGGAUGCCAAAAAUACGUGGAUGACAAAAACAGGAUUCCUGUUCGAGGAGACCCACAUGUCUUGGUAGUUGGUGAUCCAGGAUUGGGGAAGAGUCAGAUGCUGCAAGCUGUAUGCAACAUUGCUCCUCGCGGAGUGUACGUUUGUGGCAACGCUACAACUUCGUCUGGCCUGACUGUCACUCUGACAAGAGAUGGCGCCUCUGGGGAUUUUGCUUUGGAAGCUGGGGCCCUCGUACUUGGAGAUCAAGGGAUUUGUGGAAUAGAUGAGUUUGACAAGAUGGGCAACCAGCAUCAAGCCUUGCUGGAAGCUAUGGAGCAGCAAAGUAUCAGCCUGGCGAAGGCCGGCAUCGUUUGUAGCCUGCCAGCUAGGACGUCAAUAGUAGCAGCAGCCAAUCCAGUUGGAGGCCACUAUAACAAGGGCAAAACAGUAUCGGAGAAUUUGAAAAUGGGCAGUGCCUUAUUGUCCCGGUUUGACUUGGUGUUCAUCUUGCUGGACAUACCAAACGAAGACCACGACCACUUGCUCUCUGAACACGUCAUGGCAAUGCGUGCUGGGAAACAGGCGGGGCAUAGCAGUGCUGUGGUGACUCGUGGAAGUUCUCAAGAUUCACAUGUGUCAGUCCUUGAAACCAUUCCAGAUAAGCCAUUAUCAGAACGUUUAAAGGUCGUUCCUGGAGAAAAUUUUGACCCAAUUCCACACCAACUGUUAAGGAAGUAUGUUGGCUACGCUCGACAAUAUGUUCAUCCCAGACUGUCUCCAGAAGCUGCUCAGGUUCUGCAGGAUUUCUACCUGGAGCUUCGACGGCAAAGCCAAAGAGCAGACGGGAUGCCUCUCACGACAAGGCAGCUCGAGUCCCUGAUACGUCUUACAGAGGCCCGAUCGAGGUUGGAAUUAAGGGAAAAAGCCACCAAAGAAGAUGCUGAAGAUGUUGUAGAAAUAAUGAAAUACAGCAUGUUAGGAACCUACUCAGAUGAGUUUGGAAGAUUGGACUUUGAACGUUCUCAGCAUGGUUCUGGUAUGAGCAACAGAUCACAAGCAAAGAGAUUUGUUUCUACCCUCAACGGCAUUGCAGAAAGAACCUACAACAAUGUCUUUGAGUUUCAGCAGCUCCGGCAAGUUGCAAAGGAGGCAAACAUAAAAGUGGCUGAUUUUGAAAACUUUAUCGGAUCUUUAAACGAUCAGGGUUAUUUCUUGAAGAAAGGUCCAAGAUUAUAUCAGCUUCAGACUAUGUGAGGGAAUCUGUCCAGUAGAAUACCAUGUUGUGUUGUGGUAAGGAUGAUUACAACUUACAGACAACCAAAAUUAUUAUCUUGGCUGAAAUUCAAGAUAAAUUACUAAUUAGUACUUCCUGAAAUACUGUUAGCAUGUGUUCUAAGUUGCACAAUUGUAUACUGUGUGUGCAGAAAUUAUUUGCAUGAUAAGAGACGGCUGGAAGAAUAUGUAAGCUCAUACAUUCCCUCCUUCCUUCUAUCGUGGGGCUAUUCUCUAUUUUCCAGUUCUAGUGUUAACCGUAAUUACUUGUCUUGAUGGUUAGCAUUAAUCAGGAAAUGCACACCGAAACCACACGUGACUGGGGGAGGACAGAACAUAGGGCUUGUUUGUGACCACUUCCUGAAGCAAGCUAUUGUUAAAAUAUCUUGAAACUGAGUCAAUAGCAGCAGCUUCUAAAUUUUAUUUGGUAACAUUUUUGAGAAACUAAUAUAAUUUGGUGUUUCAGCAUUUUUCAUGUUGAGACUGUUUAAAAUGGUUUGCUAAAUUUGAAAAAUGUGUGUUCUGCCUUUUUAAAGAGAAGAAAAAAACAGUCUUGGUAUAUGUUCAGAGCACUGUGAAUAAAUGUUUUAGUUGUAUAAAACUGCUGUGCCAGCUUUAAGCUACAUACAGGGUACAAUGUUGGGUUAUAUAAAAUUAAAACAAAAACCUUGCUGAAUACCAAA